AUGUCUCCUAACGCUGAUAAUGAAAUGUUUACAUUAUUAAUUGAAUGGGUCGCAAAAAUUCCUUUGGAAGUUAUUGGGUUUGACGAAUUGUCUUUUCAAGCUUUAAAAUGUCUACUUUCUCAAACUUAUUCAACUCAAGGUCCUUUCGUUACCCCUGAAUACACGAUAUUUCGUCAUGCUGUCAUACAAGCCACUCAUGAUAUAUCUGAAAAGGCUAUUCCGAUCAUCGAGAGUCAAUUACCAAUUUGGAAUGAAUUAAACAAAAUACAAGAAUAUUCUGAUAAUGAAUCGGAUGAAAAUUUAACAUCAUAUGAACAAAUUCGUCCCGUGAUAAAAGAAAUGCUAUCAACAUUACUCCCUUUUAUUGAUUUCAGAAGGAUUGAAAUAAAUAUUUUGGCUGAUAUAAUUGAACCUUUACAAUUAUUACCAACAUCACGUUUAUUAGAUGCUUAUAGAUUUCAAGCUAGAGAAAAAAAAUCUUUACCUCAUAUGCGUGGUAUUCCUUUAUUCGAAUGGAAUUUGCAAUGGGAAAAAAAUGCUAAAGGCUCAAAUUUAUUAUUAAGAGAAAAUAAUUCUGUGGUAGAAAGUAUUCCUGGUGGUGUAAAUACACAUCAAAAUGUAUAA